AGUUAGUUACGUAACUGGGGUUGGCCGCCUUGCUCGGCCCAAGCCACACCUGCGAGGCUCCAACAUCCAACCGGCGACCAAGCGACUUUGGAGCUUCUGUUCAAGCCCUCAACGACCGACAGCAGAAACCAGCCUGCACCAUGUUCCUGGACCCUCCGACAUAUUUGGCGUCGCUGCAAGGCAACAUCCGCCAGCGGCCAAUUCCUUGGGAAGGCGCCGUGCGCGCGGGCACCUUGACCGAGGACCAACUCGCCCGCAUCCGCGCCGUCGACAAGGUCAAGCGAGAUGUGCGCAAGCAGAUUGUCGAGGACGACCUGGACGGUUAUCGCAUACUGUUUGUGGGCGACCCGGGAACGAAGAGCGUUCUCGAGUCUGCCUCGAAGCGCCAGGAUGUGGUGCAGUACAUCCUCGUCCUGCUAGGCGACCUGCUCGAGAGCGUACCAGCGCUCGCCAAGGCUAUCAUCCGGGCCGGCGACCCCUACCGAUACUUCCUCCCCCUCCUAGCGCGCUCUUCCAACCCCGACGAUCCGAUCCCCCUUCUUACUUCGACGGUACUCGUCAGUCUCAUGGCUGGAUCCAGAGACGAAUCGGCCACCGCGAUUGAUACGGCCCUUCCCGUCAUAUUCAGCUACUUGUCAUCCCUGACCAAGAACUCGGAUGCUGGGCUCCAAGACAUUGGCGUACAGGAGUACUCGUCCCUCCUGUACGGGGCAGCGCCGAGGCGGCAGUUUUGGAAGCAGAGGAGCGAAACGGUCGCCCCGCUAGUUGAGAUUCUCCGAGCGGCGGCUGGCGUCGGUAACAAGGACGCCUCCGCCAGCCUCUGGAGCGGCACGGCGGGGUCGACUGGCAGCAGCCUUGGGGGCUCCCUCGGGGGCGGUGUUGGCCUCCAGCUCCUAUACAGGGUGCUGCUGGUAAUGUGGCAGCUGAGCUUCGAGUCUGCCUCUAUCGGUGAUGAUCUUAACGAUGAGUACGACAUCGUCCUGCUCUACACACAGCUCCUCCGCCUCUCGCCAAAGGAAAAAACCACCCGCCUCCUCGUCUCGACGCUCCUGAACCUCCUGAUUCACAACCAAAACACGCUCCUCCCCACUGCCGUCCUGGCCCGGCUCCCCUCCCUGCUACAGAAUCUCAAGACGCGCCAGUUCGCCGACCCCGACCUGCGGGAGGACAUGGACCGGCUCCGCGAGCUCCUGGACGAGUACACCAAGACCAAGACGACCUUUGACGAGUACGUGGGCGAGCUCAACUCGGGCCACCUGCGGUGGUCGCCGCCGCACCGCAACGCCGUCUUCUGGGCCGAGAACGCGCGCAAGAUUGUCGAGUACGAAAACGGCGCGCUGGUGCAGCGCCUGGCCGAGAUCAUGAAGAAGCCGUGGGAUAACGACAAGGCCGUGCUCGCCAUCGCCUGCAAUGACAUUGGCUACCUCGUGCGCGAGGUGCCCGAGAAGAGAGGCCAGCUGGAGCGCCUGGGACUCAAGACGCGCGUCAUGGAGCUCAUGGGCGAGGCGGACGAGAAUGUGAGGUGGGAGAGCCUGCGGGCGCUCGGCGGGUGGUUGCAGUACAGCUUCGAUACGAAGUAAGGGGACUGGACGUUACCAGCGACCGGGGGGAGAUAGCAGCCUAGCAUUUGUGUGUGUGGUUGGCGGUUCAUGUCUGUUUUUUUAUCUGUUUACCCGCUUGGGCGAUGAUGGCCUGUGGCCUUGUUUUCGAGACGACAACAUCGGCAUCUGGAAAUGGCACUUAGACUGGCUCGAGUUCGGUCGAACUACUUGUACCUUACUUGUAGUUGAAAUACAUUUUGGCGUGGGCUCUGCCUUUUCUUAUCUGUGGAUUUGUCUCAUUAGGAAAUUCUGCAGCAAUCAUCAAGCACAUUUUGGCCAUGCCGGCAAUCUAGGAGAGGCAAACGGUCCAAGUUCACACAGGUAGUUACCUAUAUAUACAGUAGAUACCUACCCCAUCGUAUAAGACUGAUUUGGAAUGCGGCCAUCGGCCCCGCCCUUAGUUAUCUUAUCAAAUCUCCAAGCUGCU